ACGAGAUUCUAGCUAUCGCAAGAUGGAAACAGACAUAGCCAAUAUGACUAGUGCAGAGAUCACGCAGUCCAUCACGGCUGCACAACUACGAACGGCAGAACUCGAGUUGAUCUACGAACGCUCUCUCCGAAAAGCUGAGCGCAUCUGCGACGAGGAAGGCCUGCGAGUUUUGCGUGUACAACUCCUUCUGACCCAACACGAAAAUGACAAACUUCGCGAACUAUCCGAACGCGAUGAGGACCAGCAGCACCACCUUGAGAAGACCAAUGAUGACCUACGAGCACAUCUUUCCGACGUCGAAGCUGAUACCCGAGAGACGCAGCUGGAAUUGAAGGCACGCCUGCGCGACCUGGACUACAUGAAAGCUGAGCUCGCCGAAUUAAGUGCUGCUAGUGCCGAGUCAAGCAAGAUCCUAUCCGAAAAGCUGGCUCUGACGAGGGAAUUAAAUAAAUUGAAGCCAGAGCUGGAACAUCUCAAGUCACAAGCUUGCACACAACAGAAUCUUCUAUCGGAGAAACUGGCAUUACAGCGCGAAUUAGCUUCUAUACAAGUCGAACUGGAAACGGAAAAGAGAGCUGUUCAACGCAUCACAGCACGAGAGCAUUCAGCUGCUCGUCAAGAUUCCACACUGCAAGGAGAAAUCGAGGAUCUGAAGAAAGAGUUGACCAAGGCCCAUCGAGAUCUGCAGAAAAAUGAACGGGAGAACAGAAAGAAGGUGGUUGAAUGGGAAGGUGAAAAGGAAAUACUUGAGGGCAAAUUGGACGCUUUCAGAAACAAGCUUCGGUCCACCAAGGAGCAGCUGAGCGAAGCACAAGAUGAAAUCGAAAGAUUGCAGGCUGAGAAGAUGGCCCAAUCUGCCGAGAUGACUCAAGCAAGAGUAGCUGGCAAGACGACAAUACUUGGUAAACGACCCAUCCCACGAUUUGAUCCCGAUAUGACCAUCGGCACACCCGGACAUGGCGCACCAGCAGCAAAGAAGCAGCGAGUCUCCGUCAACUUUGCAGACAAAUCCAACUUUUCGAUUACUCCAUUCCUUAAUCGCACAUUGAGCAUACUACCUGAGACUCCCGAGGACCAACAGCAACAAGAGGAAGAGGAUGCUCAAGUGAUGCAAGAGCCUGAGACACACAACGCAACCAAAAAGCCGAGAGCGGCGCCGAAAACAAAGACAGUCAGACUGAAGGAAAAGCCAGCUUCCUCGAGAAAGCAGACUACUAUUGGCAAGACAAAGGCAUCACCUGCACUGAAGGAAAGUACCAAUUCAAGAGCAAACACUACGCUGAAGAGACCACAAUUGGCCAAAUUGAUCGAAGAAGACUCCGACGUGGAGAAUGAUGGAGUAGCUGUACCUGGGGUCGCUACAGAGGACUUUGCAUCCAAGGACAUUGUCGAGAGUAUAGAAGGCUCUCAAAUGAACAGCGAUAGUGCCCCUGAACCUGCCAAGAAACCCAAAGGACCCAAGAAGCGGACAAAUAUCUUUGAGGAGGAAGAAUUUGCCCCGACUCAAAAGGUUAGAGAUCUUGGUCGAGGAGGGUCUGGCAACACCAGCAUUCUUGGACGAAUCAAUCUGAAGGCAAAUCCGGUAGGAAGACCCAAGUCACUGGCAGAAUUCUCGCCUCUUAAGAGGGAUCGAAGAGCUGCAAGUGUGGCCGUAUGAUGUUUGUGCCUGCGGGCUUGUGCUUUCAUUUGCUUGUAUGAACGGAAUAUCAUGUUAGAGAUGUUGGGAUGAACAUGGGCGCAAUAACAGGAUUGACCAUGAAAAAUUUUCCGCCAUAAAUACCAGGGUUAUGAUGAAC